AUUUGUGUUCCGGGCUCUCUGCUGUCCCUGCCAUGGCCACCCAGCAGCCGUGCCGGCCCAAGUCGAAGCCCCCAGCAUGUCACGUGCGGUUGCCGCCCGAGCCGCCCCUGAAGCUGAAGGUGGUGGGGCUCUUCAAAAGCUCCAGCUUUCAGGUGUCAAAGACCAUCGCUGAGGUAACCCCUCGCCCCAGACGCCGUGCGCACCUCAGCCCCCUGCCGCGGUGUCGCCUGCGCUGGCGGGCGGGGGUCCACGUUCUGUCCUAGGGCUGGAUGGGGGCAUAGAGAACAAAUGCUGGUCGCAAGGAAGGGCGACCUGGAAGAGACUCGGAGCGCGAGCGAGCGUUCGCGGGGAUCCGUAUUGGGAAAAUGACUUUGAAAACCAGCUACCCGUACAGAUUUGAAGAUCCGGUGAUAGUUCCUCUUCAAGAGUUUGCUUGGGAUCAGUUUCUGGAGGAGAAGAAGAGGGAACUGAAGGGUGAAACCUGGGUCUAUUCCUCCUAUGUGAUGUGUUUUGUUAAUGAUCAACUCCUGGGUAACGCAUUUGAUCUGAAGAAGUGGGCCCAGAAGGUGUGGGAUGUGAUCGAUGUCCGGCCCUCCGCUCUGUAUGAGGCGCUGACUCUGGACUAUGCCACGAAGUUCUUAAAAGACACCAAGCAUGAUUUUGUGUACUUGGACAUUUGUAUUGAUCUUUCUCCAAUUGGAAGACUGAUUUUUGAGCUGUAUUGUGAUGCAUGUCCCAGAACAUGUACAAAUUUUCAGGUCUUGUGCACAGGAACGUCAGGAUUUUCUGAGAGAGGCACAAAGCUUCAUUACAAAGAUUCGAUUUUUCAUCGAGUAGUUCAGAAUGGUUGGAUACAAGGAGGAGAUAUAGUACAGGGGCGCGGAGACGACGGAGAGUCUAUUUAUGGACCAACGUUUGAAGAUGAAAACUUCUCGAUUCCUCACAAUAAGAGGGGAGUUCUUGGAAUGGUCAAUAAGGGCCAUCACACCAAUGGGUCACAAUUCUACAUCACACUACAGGCAGCUCCCUACUUGGAUAAAAAAUAUGUGGCUUUUGGGCAACUAAUCGAAGGAACCCACGUUCUUAAGCAACUAGAAUUAGUCCCAACAGAGAACGAAAGACCAUUGCUUCUUUGCAGUAUUGCAGACAGUGGAGUUCUUUACACAUGAUUUUCAUACCACUCUCAUUUUCUGUGGUGCCUUAUUGCUGUGCAUUUGAUCAGCUGUUUUAUAUUUAAUUAAAUGGUGCUUGAUAACA